AUGGGUUUUUCAGACCUACUUAAUGAGGUCGGUGGAUUCGGACGAUUCCAACUGAUCCAUGUUACACUGCUUUCCAUUCCAGGUCUACUGAUGGCUAGCCAAAAUUUAUUAAAUAAUUUCACAGCUGGUACGCCUGAACACCAUUGCACCAUACCUAAUAUGACAUCUGUUGCCGACCGCCUAAACAUAUCUGCCUCAAUCCAUAGUCUGCUUCGCGUUUUCAUUCCAAUGGAUGCCUCCAAACUUUCGAGGUGUAGUAGGUACAUUAAUCCCCAGUGGCACCUUAUUGCUGAAAAUGUUAGCUACAGUGGACUGUCAGGAAAUUCUACGGGCAUCGCCACAGAGAUUUGUCAUGAUGGUUGGACUUACAACAAGAAUGAAUUUCUGGCCACCACAGUGUCUGAGUGGGAUCUUGUCUGUUCCCUACGUCCGCUGAAGCAGAUGAUCCAGACAAUUUACAUGGGCGGAGUCUUGACUGGAGCCAUAAUAUUUGGGGGGCUGUCAGACAGGUUUGGACGUAGGGCCUUGCUCAUUUGGUCCUAUUUUCAGCUGAGUGUCCUCGGAACCUUCACAGCCCUGUCCCCCUCUUACCUGGUCUACUGCAUAUUCCGCUUCCUAACUGGCAUGUCUGUGUCUGGAGUGAUCCUCAAUGCCGUCUCUCUCAAGGUUGAGUGGAUUCCCACUAAAACACGCACGCUUGUGGGCACUCUCUCUUCCUUCUUCUUUACCUUUGGUCAAAUGGUCUUGGCUGGGGUGGCAUACAGUCUGAGAGACUGGCGUAAGCUGCAUGUGGCUGUUAGCGCCCCCUUCUUCAUCUUCUUCCUCUAUAGCUGGUGGUUUUCGGAAUCAGCACGCUGGCUAGUGUUGAAUGGUCGAUCUAACGAGGCCCUAAAGCAGAUGCACCGUGUAGCCAGGAUUAAUGGCAAGUCUGAAAUGGUAGAGAAGGUCACCUUGGAGGUCUUUGAAUCUCAUAUGCAAAAAGAAGUCCAGUCCAGUAAAUCUAUCUACACAGCUUUUGAUCUGCUCCGGACUCAAGUGAUGAGAAAAAUAUCCCUCUGUCUCAUGAUUGUUUGGUUCUCAACUAGUUUUGCCUAUUAUGGUUUGGCCAUGGACCUGCAGAAAUUUGGUGUGAACAUCUACCUGAUGCAGAUUAUCUUUGGGGCAGUGGAUUUUCCCGCCAAACUGGUUGCUCUUACAAUGCUCAGCUUUCUGGGUCGUCGUGUGACUCAGGGCACAUGUCUCCUCAUGUCAGCGUCUGUCAUCUUCGCUAACAUCCUUGUUCCAAAGGACCUGCAGACGCUGAGGACAAGCUUAGCCGUUCUUGGGAAAGGGUUCACCUCUGCCUCUUUCACCUGUGUCUACCUGUUCACAGGAGAGCUCUACCCCACUGUUAUCAGACAGACUGGGAUGGGCUUUUCAUCCACUAUGGCCAGGAUAGGGUCCAUGGCUGCUCCAGCUGUUUUAAUCCUGGAAGAUGUGCUGCCAGCUCUCCCUAGUAUUGUUUAUGGGUUAUCUGCUGUUGUGGCUGGCAUCUUUGCCUUUCUACUUCCAGAAACCCUCAACGUGCCUUUACCGGACACCAUUGAGGAUGUAGAGGAGAAAUGGGGGAGGAAAAAUGCAAAAAAGCAAAGCCAGAUGCAGAAAGAAAUGCUUGCCCUGCAGGAGAAGAGAGAAUGUGGCGGUGAGUGUGAAGAUGAGAAAACAACUGGUCUCAAUGCAUUAUGA